CUCUUGCAGCAAUUUUUGUUACAUCUGUUUUACCUGUCAUUAUUGUCUUCUCUUUUCCAUUAGCAGUUGUUAUAAGACACUGCUAUAAAGAACACAAUAUUUUUUCUACUGGCUUAACAAUUUAUCCAAAAGAACAAUUAGCAGGAGAAAAUAUAUCCAUCAGUUGCAAAAUGAAAAGAAAAAACAUGCCUGCAACUUGGUAUAAAGAUAGUAAUAUAGUGUUGAGUACAGGUAGAAUGGAAUGCAAUGAUUUUAAAGAGCAAGAACACACCUUAAAAAUAAAUAAAGCUGAACUGAGUGACAGUGGUGACUAUUGGAUAUAUGUUAAAGGAGUGAAAAGACAAAUACAUUUACAAGUUGAAGAUAUUUUUUCUACUGGCUUAACAAUUUAUCCAAAAGAACCAUUGAUAGGAGAUGAUAUAUCCAUCAGUUGCAAAAUGAAAAGAAAAAACAUGCCUGCAACUUGGUAUAAAGAUAGUAUUAUAGUGCUAAGUACAGGUAAAAUGGAAUGCAUUGAUUUUAACGAGCAAGAACACACCUUAAAAAUAAAUAAAGCUGAACUGAGUGAUAGUGGUGACUAUUGGAUAUAUGUUAAAGGAGUGAAAAGACAAAUACAUUUAGAAGUUGAAGAUCAUUUUUCUAAUGACCUAACCAUUCAUCCGAAAGAACCGAUAGAAGGAAAUGAUAUAUCCAUCAGUUGCAAAGUAAAAAGGAAAAAUAUUUCCUCUGUGUGGUAUAAGAAUGGUACUCCCGUGAAAGGAACACCUAGAAUGAAAUUCGAUGUAAAAGGGCAAAAACACAUUUUAACAAUACAUAAGGCUAAAGUGACUGACAGCAAUACUUAUUGUAUAGAAAUUGAAGGUGUGAAAAAAGAAACAUAUUUAGGAGUUGAAGGUUACUUUUCCAAAGGAUUAAAAAUUUCCCCAAAAAAGCCAAAAGAGGGAAAUGAUAUAAUUAUCAAGUGCACACUUAAUAAAAAAGAUAUUGCUGUAAUUUGGAAAAAGAAUGGAAACGCAAUAGAUAAAAAACUUACACCCGUCGUAAACGAUAGAAAAUACAUCUUAAAAAUACCUAGAGCUGAACCAAGUGACAAUGGUACCUAUUCUAUAGCAGUUAAAGAUGCUGAAUGUGUGAGAAGAGAAAUAAAGUUAGACGUUAAGGGUAAGAUAGAUCUUCAAAUGAUUAUAUCAACAUAUUUUAGAAUUAUCUAUGAUGAGUUUAUUCUUCGAUCAAUAUGGAGUUGA